AUGUCAGACUCGAAACGGAGGAACGAUUUUGAAGAGGCCAUCACCACAGCCCGUGCACACAAUACAACUGAGAUGCAGGACAUUCAAUGCCUAGAAGAUUACCUCCGAUUUAUCAACGACCAGCUUCAUUGGAUACCAAGUAAAGCCGCACGACCCAAGGACAUCCUCUCUCGGAUAUGCAAGGUGUGGUUCGUUCUGGACCAGCCCUCUGUCGCCGCUUAUCAGGGCCCAACUCGGCCGUCAUCUGAGCCGGAAAAAAGCCAAUGUGACAAACUCACCUGGCUCUCAGACUGGAUCGUACGCUUCAGCAAGGAAAUCGGGAGAUUUAUGGAUUCACCUGCUUCCGCAGCAUCACUGGAUACAUUCAGGGCAAGCCCCGCGUACAAUAUAGAAGACUACAUCGAGCCUCGAGGAGGAUGGAGGACGUUUAACGAAUUCUUCUGCCGCAACGUCAAGUCUGGUCGACGCCCCAUUGCCGCCAUUGGAGACGACUCAGUUUUGACAUGUCCUGCCGACUUCGCGUUUGAAGAACUUCAUCCCGUCUCGGCGGAUUCCACCGUGACCACGAAAGGACUCAAGUGGCCGAUCGCUCAACUGCUCGAUGAUUCCUUGUACAAAAAGCGUUUUGCCAAUGGGACAUGGUUGCAUGGCUUCCUAGACGUGAACGAUUAUCACCGAGUACAUGCACCCGUCGGUGGUACAGUCCUAGAGGCUCGCACAAUUGUGGGUCGAAACUAUAUGCAAGUCUACGCUACAGCCGCACAAACGAACAUACUCGGUGACACAGCCGGCGCAGUGCUUAGCGUUCGCAACGAGACAGGCUACCAGUUUUGCCAAGCUAGAGGCCUGAUUGUGCUAGAUACAGGCGCUGGUCUAGUUGCCGUGUUGCCUGUCGGUAUGGCCACAGUAUCAUCAGUCAUCCUCACUGCAGAUGUUGGCGCACAACUGCAUAAAGGUGAAGAGCUGGCGUAUUUUCAAUUUGGGGGUUCGGAUGUUGUUCUGAUCUUUGAGGAGAGGCUGAAGGUUGACAUUACUAUGGAACGGGGACAGCAUUAUAGGAUGGGCGUGGAAAUCGGUCAUUGCAAGUGUUCUUAA